AUAUUUGCGGUGAAAGUAAGCAAUUUAAGAAAUGUUUACGACAAAAAUACUUAAGUUACAAGUAAAUUUCACGACAUGUAGGUGGACUUAACGGCGAAAUAAAUAGUUGCACUAAACUGUACCAAAAUAUGGACAGAAUGUAUUUUCGCCGCCAAAAAAAUUACUGAGGUACUCAAGUACUACAAAUACAAUAAUUUAAGUAUUUUCGUGGUAAAUGUCUCUUUUAUUUAUUUGUUAAUAAAAAAACCUAAUGGGACAGACAAUAUUCUUGAGUACUACAAACUCAGAGAUUUAGCCACCAUCUUCACCUUUUUGAUUCAGUACCAUAAUAAAAACAGAGAAAGAGGAUCAAACCCUAUAUUUUUUUUUUUUAAAAUAAGUAGCAAAAUAAUAUAAUUGAUUGAUUACAUUCCCAAACAAACAGAUGACUGUUUAGCAUAUGCCUUUUCAUGCAAUGCUUUUUCCUCUUGCUUGCACUUCCAAACUAUCUAAUUCCUCCUUUCUCAAGUUUUCUCAUAUUCUCAGCUUCUUCUUCUCCUCUUCUCUAUCUCUCUCUAACAUCCAAGAAAGCUAUGAUUCCUUAUGAUUUUAUUAUAUUAAUAAUUGGGGGUUUGUAACUUAAAUAUUUAAAAAUAAAACAAAAAAAACUCCUCAUUGAAAUAACACCCCCCCAUUGGUGCUUCUCUUAUUUAGUAUAUUGUCUUAGCUUCUCCAUCAUCUAUCCAAACUCUCUCUCCCACCAAGAAAAUCAAGAAAGGAACUAAAAUCUCAGCACUAAGUUAUUGAGGAAGAAACCAUCUUCAAGAGAUGGGCGGUUGCGGCAGAAGCAGUGGCGGUGUCGUUUUCCCUAUAUUUUUCUUCUCUUUUUUCUUCUUAUUCUUCUUCUUCUUCACUUCAGGUUUAAGUUUGGAAGAGAAACCUCACUUGAAAGCAAUCCAGAGAAAUGAAAUUAAAGGGAAUCAAGAAAACGAGAUACCUUUCUCAACUUCAGGGUUCACUGAAGAGUUGGACUCCAUUCCUGUUGUCAACCCAACUCCAACAUUUACUCCUACACCUUCCUUCAAUCAGCCUUCCCAGACACCACCAACACUGACACAGCCAACCCUGGCAACGCCAACCACCACAGCGCCAACCACCACAACGCCAACCACCACAACACCGACUACAACACCGACCACAACGCCGACCACAACUCCGACCACAACACCAACAUCAUCAUCAGGUGGCAACUGGUGUGUUGCGAGCCAAUCAGCUUCAGAGACUGCUAUACAGGUAGCUCUCGAUUAUGCUUGUGGCUAUGGAGGUGCAGACUGUUCAGCAAUUCAACCAGGUGGAAGCUGUUAUAACCCGAACACUCUCCGUGACCAUGCUUCUUACGCCUUUAACGAUUACUACGCGAAGAAUCCCGCCCCUACUAGCUGUGUCUUCGGAGGAGCAGCUCAAAUUUCCAACACUGACCCAAGUAACGGCAACUGUCACUACACAUCAGCUAAAGCAUCAUCCAGCAUGCCUCCACCAGCCCCAAUGAAUCCGAGUCCAAUGAAUCCGAGCCCAAUGAAUCCAAGUCCAAUGGUUCCAACUAGCAUGGACGCACCUGCCAUGGAUACACCACCAGGAUCAUCUAUCUUCGGUACAGAGCCAGUAGCAUCUCCCAACUCAGCCAUCUCAGUUUCAUACUCCAGAACACUUUUAUUCAUCACCACCGGUCUCUUUGGCGCGACCAUUGCAGCAACCUAUCAGUAAACAGAAUAAAACCAUGUCCAAGGUAUUUUCUGCAAGGAGGAGGCAGUUAUUACGCUUGCCGCCACCAACGCCAGAAGAAAUUCAAGGAGGCAAAGAGAAUCUUGAGCUAUAGUAUUCUCUCGAGGCCCCAUUCUUAGCAUUUGAGUUAUUGUUAUACUUUAUAUAUGCAUACCUGUUAGUAGACUAAGAAGCAAUAGGGAGAAAACAGAAGAGGAAAGAAAUUUAGGUUCUUGUACUUGUAGGCACAUCGUUGUUCUCUCUAUAGCAACAGAACAAAUAAAUUAUUAUACAAUCUCA